CUAGUGUGACUCACAACUUGUGGGUGAAGCAACUAGGGAGGAGAUACGCAGGUAUUGUCUGCUGUUUUUCCCGAGUCUGAAAAAUAGCCCGUACGGGUAAUCGCGAUUGGCCUGCACGUAGCCACACUUCCAUCACUUCCCAUCUACAUUAGAAUAUCGUCCUCCUGACGAGCACCACCUGCGCCAUGGCUACCGCCUCGGCAGCUAAAGCUUACCGAUCUGUCGCACUGCUCCCGGCACUCCUCCUCGCCUUAGCACUCUCCCCACUACCCUCUGCGCACGCGUCCAUCGGACAGACUCCAUGGGUCGGAGGCGUGUCGCAGCACCUCGGUAACACUUCUAGCGCAGCGGACGUGGCUGCCAUCGCGGUGCCAAUGCGACACGUGUCGGUCGUUGAGGAUGAGGACGAGCCGGAAAUUGCGCGGCGAGAGAUGCUGGAGCCGACCGCGGCGACGGCGGCGGUGCAGUGCCUGAAGCCCACCGUGAAGGGGUUCGCGUCGUCCAUGCUCAUGGAACCAGGCCUCUUUCUCAAUUGGAAGAUAACGAAGACGGGCGCAGUCGCCGUGGCUAUCCACGCCAAGGCGACGACGACCGCUGCGAGAGGCUGGAUCGCCGUGGGAUGGUCGGCGACGGGCCUCAUGUCGCCGGCCGAGGCGAUCGCGGGCAACCUGCCGCACGGCGGGUUACAGGGUUACAAGCUGAACACGUACACUUCGGUGGUUCCGACGAACAGCAUCGCGUUCAAGGGAAGGACGGUGUCCACCACUGCUGCGGGCACGGUGAUCAGUUUCAUUCGUCGGCCCGGCGACGGAGGCAAGGUGCCGGUGACGCUGCGCCAGCCAAACCGCCUCGUGUGGGCCUACUCUAACGACGGCACCAAGGCCGUUGGUUACCACGGCAGUAACGUUGGCGCGCUGACAGUCAUCUUCGCUUGUAACGGGGCGACGGGCAAAGUGCCAGGCAACCCCAACUCUCCGCCCCCGCCGCCGUACAAGCCUCCGCCGAUCGUUCGCUCCAACAAGUGUCCGGUGUCGUCUCUCCCCGGCUUCAUCUACAUGACUGAUCUGGCGCCAGGCGUCGUGCUGCACUGGCGCCUGUAUCUGCGCAACGUGGUGGAGGUGGCGAUCGAGGCGAAGGCGGGCAGCGGGGCGGAGAGCGGGUGGCUCUCGCUCGGGUGGUCCGCCAAUGGGCGAAUGGGCGGGUCGGAGGCUAUUAUCGGAAAUAAAGGGGCGGGUGUACUGGGCGCUUAUGACAUCAUGGGCUACAGUAUGACCUCAAUACAGCCUAAGAUUUUGGCGCUGGGGGAUGCUGCUGCGGUGUACAAGAAUGGGCAAGGAUCUACAAUAAUGAGGUUCAGGAGAGCAAGGGGGAAGUUCAACCGGGUUGCGGUGAAUCCGUGGGGGAUCAACACGCUGGUGUGGGCCUACUCCAAGGACAACACCAAGACUUUCACCUACCAUGGUGGUAACUGUGGCUGGCUCACAGUGGACUUCUCCUGCAAGGUGCCGCCAUACAAUCGCGGGCGGGGCGAGAAUGAGGGCAACGAGGGGGAGGAGUAUAACUAGCAGUUCAAGGCAUGAUGACUUAGAGUCAUGUGCCCCUCUGGUAAAAUGAGCUUAGUAAUUUCUUCAGAUAUUUUAAUGGGUCUCUGUAGUUUACGUAUUGUAGGAUUAUGUAUCCAUAUCAUUUAACUGUAUCUGUUCAUCCAGCAAUGUGUUGUAGCCGCUUUAAGGGGGUUUUGGAUAGUAAAGAUUAUGCAGCUGG